AUUUUGAAAACACACCCUGCGUCAUUUCCGGCUGCUGCAGAAUUCUCACAACAUAGCCGUUAGGGAGCUAGCGCUAAUCUACUGUCGGGACGUUUACCGGGACAGAGGAGAGACCAACAUGUCGGACACGGAGACAAAACCUUCCGGUCAAGAUGGGGGCGACAAGAAGGAUGGAGAGUACAUCAAACUAAAAGUCAUCGGCCAGGACAGCAGCGAAAUCCACUUCAAGGUCAAAAUGACGACGCAUCUAAAGAAGCUGAAAGAGUCCUACAGCCAGAGACAGGGCGUGCCAGCGAGCACGUUACGGUUUCUGUUCGAGGGCCAGAGAAUCGCAGACAACCAGACUCCCAAAGAGCUGGGGAUGGAAGAUGAAGACGUCAUCGAGGUUUAUCAAGAACAGACCGGCGGACUUUGGGCCCAUUAAAUUUCCAGUUUUCUCUUUUUGCUGAUUUUCUAUUUUAUUUUGUAUGGAUGUCAUUUUGGUUCCGUUUCAAACCAUCUGGAUCCGAUCGGGCUUCCAGGGCUGGACGUUAGAUUUUACUGCUGAUGAUUUCAGGUUCUGCUUUUAAUCCAUGUUUGUUGUAAAACGGUGAAAAUGUUUUUCUGGCCUGAAGCAGACGAACGUUUUUGCUUCUGAAAGGUUUAAAGUCUCCAAACGUUCUAGAAAUAAUCAAACUGAAGAGAAUUUGAUGACCACAUUUAGAUUUUAUCCUUUUUUUCUGAUUUGGAUUUUAGUGAAGUAAAAAUCAUCUGAUCUGUUUCUGGGAGGAAACCGGAUUUAAUCUGACAGAAGCUGCUGCAGUUUGCUCAGUGGCCACUAGGGGGAGCUGGUGGUUUUCGAGCGACCGUCUCUGACCGAGAGGUCUCGCUCUGACCGGUUUCUGCGGGUGGAUUUUUCAGUGAAAUUACUGAUUUAAACUCGGAUCAUGUUUCAUCUUUAGCGUUAGCGCGCCGGAAUGCUACGUCUCUUCAGUUCCAGCUUCUGGAAUCAGAUUUUCUAUUUGAGCUUGUCGUUUUAAGCUCUGAUGAUGGAAAUGCUUCUUUUGAGAGGAUGAAGAGGCUGGCUGUGUGGUCUGGGAGACCCUCUCUCUCCACUGCCACUCGCUUCUCCCAGGUGGUGUUGGAAACGGCUCCGCCCCCUUCAUCCUCAUCAUCAUCAGGGGAACCGCGAUGCAGAUGGUUUGAAAGUCUGGAAGUGAGCCGUUUCUCUUUUUUU